AUGUCCGGACCGGGGAAGCGGAAGAAGGGAGUAUCAACAACCAUUGAAGAUGAACAAAAUCAACAACGCAUCUCAACGGGUAAACGCGUACAACUCCCACCAGUAUCAAGUACCCAUGGAUUUAAUUUGAGAGAUGAAGAAAUAAGCAUAGAUCUACAAUCAACACCAAGAAUAAGCAAUAGAAAUCUUGGAGACAAGCGUCUACUUGUAUUAGCAACUACACUUUGUACCAAUGGUGCCCUACCAACAACAGAAUCGAUUGGAAAUACUGAAGAUGAUCAAAACUAUGAUGAGAAUGUCAUGGAGGAUCAAUUUCAGAAUGACACUCAACAAGUUUCGAAAGGUCAAACUUCUAAAGGCAUUUCAGCUAAGAGAGGUCCUACGAGAAACCUUCGGCUGGCUAAUAUGAAGGAUGCGGACAAGUUGUCUUUGGUUUAUUUUGGUGAAGAGGCAAAAUGUAUAAUUGGCCCAGGUGCCCAAGAUUUCAUCAAUGAAUUGGGUUGUUGUGUGCGCAAAAUGGCUAACUUCACGAAAAGCAAUUUUCAGACCCAGGAUGAGAUAUUGAAAGAUGAAAUCAUUAAGAAUGCCUCGGUAAGGUUCCAGUUUGAGGAUGACCCAUUAGCAAAAGAAUGCAUUCACAAGCAAUUGAUCAAAAUGUUUAAGACUCGUAAGUACCAUUUGCAUAAAGUUUUCAAAGAACAUGGAUCAAAGGAAGAAGCAUUGCUGCAUGUUCCUGAUGGAGUUGAUGUGCACGAUUGGGUUAAAAUAUGUGAUGUUUUUUACUCUAAUAACUUCAAGAAAUUAUGUACAAGAAAUGCUGCGAAUCGCUCACAUCUUACAACUACAAAUGCAAAUGGAACCAAAUCUGUUCCAAGGAAAUUGGAAGAAAUAAGGAAAAAUGAGAAAAUGCAUGUUGACUGUAUUGAUGCUUAUGAGCAAGCCAAUUACUCUGAGGAAAAUGGUGCUAUGAAUAGUGAGGAAUCAGCACAAACACUGACAUUGAAAAACUUGUGCAAAACUACUAACUUGCCCUCAUCUCAACUCUAUCUACAAGUGAUUAAACGUAUACCGUGUAAUACACGUGGACGAUCCAUACCCAAAAAACAAGUUGUAGCUUUGGAGAAAAGCCGUAUGGAGACUAAGAAAGAGAAGGAAAGAGCUAAUGAAGCUGAGAGAGAAAAGGAGCAGCUGGUUGAAAAAUUUGCAGCUACUACAGAAGAAUAUAAGAAAUUAGAAGAUCGGCAAAGGGUAAAUGAGGACAGAUAUGAAGCACUAAAAAGUCAAGUUGAUCAACUUAUGCUCUUACAAAAUCCAUCUCAAAAUAAGGUUAGAGGUCCGGUGCUACCUAAGUCUGGAGAAGCCAUUCAAAAUGAGUUGGAAGUCCUCAGACAUGAAUUUCCUGCAUUUGGAAAGGGAAAAAAGGAGGUUGAAGAAGCACAACCAAAGGCACGUCCGUUUGGUGCGGCAAAACUUGGAUCCUUUGCAACUUCAGAAUUAGCCAAAAUACAUGCGUAUGUGUUAAAUAGCUGUGAUGACAUUCAGGACUAUGCAGAGCAUCAUAAAAAGUUGCUCGAGCAAGAUGAUUUUGCGAACAUAGAUCAAAGGCAUGAACAAGAAUUUCCUUAUUGGUUUCGCCAACUUGUAAGUGAAUAUAGUUACUUAUAA